GUGUACUAUGUUUUGACGUUUUGUAGUUUAGUGUAGUUUAGCAUAGCCGAAAAAUGGCGUAAAGUGUAGUAGGUAUUUAGUUCUCUUGUUUAUUUUAUGACUUAAUCUGUUUUUAUAAUUUUGUGAUUCACCAUCGUUUGUGCUAGAAGGGUGGAAAAAUGUCACGUGCAAAACCCAAACAAAAUUUGGAGGUGUGCGGUGAUUGUGGAGCCUUAGAUGCCACUUGGGCCUCAGUGAAUAAAGGCAUUUUAUUAUGCACGCCGUGCUGUAGCAUCCACCGUAGCCUCGGAAGACACAUUUCUCAAGUGAAGUCUUUGCUGAAGGGGUCAUGGCACCCCAAUCAGCUGAAUAUGGUUUAUGCGUUGAAUAACAAUGGUGCAAAUAAUAUAUGGGAACAUGCAUUGUUUGAAAAUGGAUCUAAGCUAAUGAAGAAGAAACCCACAGCAAAAGAUUCCAUCAAUAUCAAACAGGAAUAUAUCAAGAUGAAACAUGUGCAGUGUGCAUUUGCAUUUCGUGAAAGCUAUGAAGAUGGUUUGUAUAGUGUGGAAAUGAGCUGGGAAAACAGCUCCAUGCAAGUGUACGCACAGCUAACCUGGAGACCUCUUUUAGGCUGUUAGCAUUGGGAGCAGAUCCAAACUACUUCCAUGAUGUAUUAACAAUUACUACUAAUUAACUAGAGGAGACUUACAUUUUAUCUAGCCUUAAUCAUUUUUCUCAUUUGUUUUUUUGUUUUGUUUAUUGAAAUCACGUUAUUUAGG